GUGUUUUCUUUCAGGCGCCCGCCCACUCGCGGACAGGAAGUGGCGUAAGCGGAUGUUUCGCCCUUUGCGCGUGCGCACCGCGGCAAGGGAAGUGAGGACCGUGGCCAUUUCUGGUGUGGGCAACCGCUCGGGCCUUCAUUGCCGCUCCAGUGAGCUGCUUCAAUGCCGGCCGAGAAGAUGGCGGUGGACGGGCCUGAGCAGAUGGAGAUGGAUGAAGGCAAAGGAGGGACAGGCCUCCGCCAGUACUACCUGUCGAAGAUCGAGGAGCUGCAGCUGAUUGUGAAUGAGAAGAGCCAGAAUCUCCGCCGUCUGCAAGCGCAAAGGAAUGAGCUGAAUGCCAAAGUGCGCCUGCUGCGGGAGGAGCUGCAGCUGCUGCAGGAACAGGGCUCCUACGUCGGCGAGGUGGUGAGAGCCAUGGACAAGAAGAAAGUGCUUGUGAAGGUCCAUCCGGAAGGGAAAUUUGUGGUAGACGUUGAUAAAAACAUAGACAUCAAUGAUGUGACCCCCAACUGCCGUGUGGCGCUGCGGAAUGACAGCUACACACUCCACAAGAUUCUGCCCAACAAGGUGGACCCCCUUGUGUCCCUCAUGAUGGUCGAGAAGGUCCCUGAUUCCACCUACGAGAUGAUCGGAGGCUUGGACAAGCAGAUCAAGGAAAUCAAGGAAGUGAUUGAGCUGCCUGUCAAGCAUCCAGAGCUUUUUGAAGCCCUGGGAAUUGCCCAGCCCAAGGGCGUGUUGCUGUAUGGCCCUCCUGGCACUGGGAAGACCUUGCUUGCCCGGGCUGUGGCUCACCACACUGACUGCACCUUCAUCCGUGUCUCAGGGUCUGAGCUGGUACAGAAGUUCAUUGGCGAGGGUGCACGCAUGGUGCGGGAGCUCUUUGUGAUGGCCAGAGAGCACGCUCCUUCCAUCAUCUUCAUGGAUGAGAUCGACUCCAUCGGCUCUUCUCGCCUGGAAGGUGGCUCUGGGGGUGACAGCGAGGUACAGCGCACCAUGCUGGAGCUCCUCAACCAGCUUGAUGGCUUCGAAGCCACCAAGAACAUCAAAGUCAUUAUGGCCACUAACCGGAUAGACAUCCUAGACUCUGCACUGCUGCGCCCCGGCCGCAUUGACAGGAAGAUUGAGUUCCCUCCUCCAAAUGAAGAGGCUCGCCUAGACAUUCUGAAGAUCCACUCUCGGAAAAUGAACCUAACACGGGGUAUAAAUCUCCGUAAAAUUGCAGAGCUGAUGCCAGGAGCCUCUGGUGCUGAGGUGAAGGGUGUGUGCACAGAAGCUGGCAUGUAUGCACUGAGGGAGAGGAGGGUGCAUGUUACACAGGAAGACUUUGAAAUGGCUGUAGCCAAGGUGAUGCAGAAGGACAGUGAAAAGAACAUGUCUAUCAAAAAGCUGUGGAAGUGAAGAGGACUGAGCCCUGUUGGCCCAAAGCUGUUGUUGCUGCUUUCCUGGUUUGUUUCUUGCUCAAUUUCAUUAAUAAACCUCUGUGGUGUC